AUGACCUACAAGUACAGUUCGCGAGCUUUCCAUUCAGGUAUAUUGGCUUGCUAUUUCUUGAUUCUUCACGUUUCCAUUAUAUCGUCAAGAAUAUUGUCCGAGAAUGUUCGUGAGGAUUGCUACCAAGACUUUGAACUGAGAAAAGCAUACUGCAACAGCAAAGGUCUCGACUCUGUUCCUCAAAAUCUUGCCAAAAACAUAGUUGAUCUCGACGUGAGUGGUAAUAACAUUACAACCCUCUUAAAUUCCUCGUUUGAAAGAUAUCCCAUGAUAACUAAAUUGGACCUUUCAGCCAACAACCUCAGGGUGAUUGAACGAGCAGCUUUUCAUCCUCUGAAGAAUUUAAGGACCUUGUAUGCCCUCAGCAAUCGCAAUCUUGUGCUCUCAGAUACGGGUUUAUUUAGAUGGGCAAGCGGAUUGACAUUCCUUGACUUUUCAGGAUCAAACUUAAGAUUCAUUCCAGACGACAUCCUCAAAUGGAGUAAACACUUUGACCGCGUCGAUUUGCUUUACAACGAACUUAGUUUCGUGAACAUCAGCUCUUGUGGAUCUGUUGAAUACGCAGAUUUUUCUUCGAAUAACAUUGAAAACUUGACAAGAGAAUGUUUCACCUUUACUUGUCAAACUGAUUCAUUGGUCCUUGCUGGAAACCCCUUAAAGAUUAUUGAUUCCGAUGCUAUAGCAGCGCUAAAGACCCGCUCACUGAGUUUCGGACGGGCCAUCGAUAGCCAUCCUUUCACCCCUGAUAUGUUGACAAAUCUAACAAUCGGAAUCUCCCGUUCAGAUGUAAAAGAACUUCGUAUCUUUGAUGUUGGCUUGAAAUUUACCCUAAAAGAUGCCUUCUCCUCGUUGCAAGGUAACCCUUUCCCUCGCCUUGAUUUAUCCCUCAAUAGAAUAGAUCCACUCUACUCACAUGUCUUCUCAAAUCUAGCUCGACUUGAUAAACUUAUCCUCGAUCAUAAUGACAUAGUGACGAUAGAACCACGUUUGUUUAAAGGUAUGCUUGCACUGAAAGUGCUCAGUGUCCAUUCUAAUAACAUAAUGUACAUAAAUCCAAGUAAUCAGACAUGGAGAAUCAACCUGAUGGAGUUAGAUUUGUCCGCGAACUCAUUGGUAAAAAUUACCCAAUUUGCGUUUCAUGGAUUGCGAAAUUUGACAAUAUUGGACCUGAGCUCAAACAACCAUCUUAGUUUUAUUCAUUUAUCAACAUUUACAGGACUAGAUAACGUUAAAACUAUCAAUUUGGCAGGAUGUAGUAUUACACAUUUGCAGCUUUAUACUCCAGCAUUAAAUUCGCUGAUUAUGAAAAGAAAUAUCGGUUAUUUCCCUUCGAGUCCUUUAAAACCUGGAGAAUCUUUCAAACACACAGCGAAUCUUGUCCACUUGGACAUGAAAAACUCUAAGAUUUGGUCCUAUAAUCUUUGGAAUCCAACCACUAAUGUUUCUCUCUUCGAUGGAUUGUUUAAUCUCACCAUACUGGAUAUUAGCAACAACCUUGGUAUUGGCAAAUCAAAUGGUCUGAUACCGGACAUGUUCCACCAUCUAUCUGCUUUGCGGGAACUCGGUUUAGACGAAUGCGGCAUUUAUAAUCUCCCAUCUUCUUUGUUCUCUGGGUUAGAAUCACUUCAGAAGCUAAACCUAUCUGGUAAUGAGCUUAAGCAGGUUUAUGCAGGUUCAUUCCUCGGUUUGAGUCAGUUGCGAAGCGUUCGUCUUGAUGGAAAUGUGCUUGCGGACCUCCAUGCAGGAUCGUUCUCUGACAAUCCGAGACUUACAAGGCUGUCAUUAGCCAACAAUAAACUAACAGGUCUUAACGAGAGCACAUUUAGACCAAUCUAUUCCUCUCUUUUACAAAUAGAUCUUUCCGAUAAUCCAAUUGUGUGUACAUGUGAUAUCAAAUGGUUGCUAUACUGGCUCAAUGGUAGAGAAAGUUUUAGCCUUGAUAACGAUGAAAGUACUCUGUGUGGGCCACAAUCGUUGCCUUCACUCCGUGAGAAACCUUUCCUUCAUUUCAAGCCCGAUGAACUAUGUCGAUUCAACUAUGCCAUUUUCAGUGUCAUUCCUGUCGCUUUGGUCAUACUUGUCUGCUUAAUUGUCGCCUUUGUCCUCAUCCAUCACAAGCGGUGGCAACUGAAGUAUAAACUCUUUCUUCUUAAACUGGCGGUUUGGGGCUACAGGGAGAGAAUAGAUGCUCGCAACCAUACCGAAUAUGAGUUCGACGUCAAUUUCAUAUUCUGUGACAACGACGAGGAAUGGAUUCGCAUCUAUCUGAGACCGACCUUGGAAGAACAACUUCCACAGUUUCAAAGGAACAUCUUUGGUGACGCAGACCUCAUAGCAGGUAUGUACUAUUUUGAUGCAGUUGACUACGUAGUGAGCCGGAGUUUCAAGACCGUCGUAGCACUCAGCAAAGCCGCUGUUCGUGACCGCUGGUUUAUGCUCAAGUUCCGCAUAGCCAUGGAUCACGUUUGCGAUACCCAGACCGAAUUCGUAACCGUCGUUUUCCUUGAAGAUAUCCCAGAUGAUGAGCUACCUUUCUUAGUGAGGUUGUACCUUGGUGACGGUAGACCUUACCUCAACUGGACAGGGGAUGUCAGAGGACAAGAGUAUUUCUGGCAUGAAUUGGAAAAGAAUCUUACCAUCAAUCUAAAGACCAAUGACCAUAUUCCAAAUGAAUAAAAUAAUUGUCCGUAAAGUGAGCAGCCCACCGAUAAAGACCAAUCGCAUAUUAACGGGCCUCGACAUGUGUGCUUUUUGGGGAGCCUUGAUACAUA